AUGCGCCAAGCAGCUUCAGGCUUCAGUCGCCAGAGCUUUGUGUCCAAGAGCCGAGAGGUGGACACUGUGGUGACGGCCUUGCACCGGAACAUGGACGUGCUGAAGAAGCAGAAGUCCAUGGUGGUGGAGAGCAUGAAAGGCCUCUACAAGACGGUGAACGAGGUCACCGCCGCGGUGGCCCAGGAGCAGUCCCUGAUCGUGAAGCAGCGGGAAAUCAUUCAGCAGCUGCAUAGCCAGGUUCGGAGUUUGCAGGAGGAGGUGCAGAGAUCCACCUCGACGCUCCCGAGACAUGAGGAGAGGGAGGAGGAACUGGCGGCGGAAAGGGAGCAAUGCGCCCAGCAGCUUCAGGCCUUGGUCCUCAGCUCCGAGGGCAACCAGAGCUUCGUGUCCAAGAGCCGAGAGGUGGACACUGUGGUGACGGCCUUGCACCGGAACAUGGACGUGCUGAAGAAGCAGAAGUCCAUGGUGGUGGAGAGCAUGAAAGGCCUCUACAAGACGGUGAACGAGGUCACCGCCGCAGUGGCCCAGGAGCAGUCCCUGAUCGUGAAGCAGCGGGAAAUCAUUCAGCAGCUGCAUAGCCAGGUUCGGAGUUUGCAGGAGGAGGUGCAGAGAUCCACCUCGACGCUCCCGAGAAAUGAGGAGAGGGAGGAGGAACUGGCGGCGGAAAGGGAGCAAUGCGCCCAGCAGCUUCAGGCCUUCGUCGUCAGCUCUUCCGAGGGGAACCAGAGCUUCGUGUCCAAGAGCCGAGAGGUGGACACUGUGGUGACGGCCUUGCACCGGAACAUGGACGUGCUGAAGAAGCAGAAGUCCAUGGUGGUGGAGAGCAUGAAAGGCCUCUACAAGACGGUGAACGAGGUCACCGCCGCGGUGGCCCAGGCCUCCGACUUGGUCGCCGCCGGAGAUUUCCAUGGCGCCUGCGAGGUGCUAGGCAACGUGGGGACCCUGGAGGAAUCCAGCGCCUGGGCCCCCGGCAUCUUGGAGCUGCGCCAGAAGCUCCAGAUGAUGCUGGCGCUGGCGGGUGCAUCGCAACAGGCCUAAGAUCCUGGUCUGAGGAAGCGCCACUGGUGCUGGUCCGUCCGCUCAAGUGUCUCCAAAGCUGAGGCAAAAGGGGCAUACACACGGAGGAGGAUGGAUGGAAUUUGAGUGGAUGGCCUGAGGGACUGAAAUUGAAAGCCUGGAAGGAGACAGAGGAGUUGGCUUUUGCGUGAGACCGAGACAAACAGACCUGGAGGAGGAGGGAAGGAUGAACGGCGGCUUAGAGACCAAUGUGUCCCUUCGAUGUGGGCCACGGAGACUGGAGAAGCUGCAGAAGCAUUUGACAUGGAGAGCCAGGCAGCCCAGCCUCUCGGCUUCUUUGAUUGCGAGAGGCACGAGCACUGGCAGUUUUACCGAUCUGCCGGCUGGAUGGCAGCUUACCUGAGAGGCCACCGCCUUCUUCGGCCCCUCGCCACUUCGAUCAAGAAUCCGUCGGAAGCGAUGGCCAAUGUGCCGAUGGGAGGACUGAAAGUCGGGGAAUCCUCAAGGACUGAAGCGGCCUGAAACAUUUCGACGCUGUGGGGAAAAUUGGGGCGCGCGGAAGCUUGACAUCCGUCGACCGUGUGUGAGAGAGAGUUGCGUUG